AUGUAUGACGUUGUUGGGAAGAGUCUAGAUAAGGGUGGUGAUGUUAAUGGCAAGAGUCCAUAUAAGGAAAGUGAUGACGUUGUUGGGAAGAAUCCAGAUAAGGAAAGUGAUGACGUUGUUGGCAAGAGACCAGGUAAGGAAAGUGAUGACAUUGUUGGGAAGAGUCAAGAUAAGGAUGGUGAUGACGUUGUUGGCAAGAGUCCAUAUAAGGAUGGUGAUGACGGUGUUGGCAAGAGGCCAGAUAAGGAAAGUGAAGGCGCUGUUGAUGAGAAUCAAGAUAAGGAUAGUGAUGAUGAUGUUGGUAAGAAUCAUGAUAAGGAUAGUGAUGCCAUUGUUAGUGAGAAUGUAGAUAAGGAUAGUGAUGACGUUGUUAGUGAGAGUCCAGAUAAGGAUGGUGAUGACGUUGUUGGUAAGAAUCUAGAUAAGGAUGGUGAUGACGUUGUUGAUGAGAAUCAAGAUAAGGAAGGUGAUGACGUUGUUGGUAAGAAUCAAGAUAAGGAUGGUGAUGACAUAGUUGAUAAGGAUGGUCAUGCCAUUGUUGAUGAGAAUCAAGAUAAGGGUGGUAAUGCCAUUGUUGAUGAGAAUCAAGAUAAGGAUGGUGAUGCCAUUGUUGAUGAGAAUCAAGAUAAGGAUGGUGAUGACGUUGUUGAUAAGGAUAGUGAUGACGUUGUUGGCAAGAGGCCAGAUAAAGAUGGUGAUGACAUUGUCGACAAGAAUCCAGAUAAGGAUGGUGAUGACGUUGUUGAUAAGAAUAAAGAUAAGGUUAGUGAUGACAUUGUUGUUGAGAUUCCAGAUAAGGAUGGUAAUGCCAUUGUUGAUGAGAAUCAAGAUAAGGGUGGUAAUGCCAUUGUUGAUGAGAAUCAAGAUAAGGAUGGUGAUGCCAUUGUUGAUGAGAAUCAAGAUAAGGGUGGUAAUGCCAUUGUUGAUGAGAAUCAAGAUAAGGAUGGUGAUGCCAUUGUUGAUGAGAAUCAAGAUAAGGAUGGUGAUGACGUUGUUGGUAAGAGUCAAGAUAAGGAUAGUGAUGAGUACUCCUGCCAUGCCACGGCGGCAUGUAUACAGCUGAGUCUUGAUCAGACUAUCUGGUGA